AUCUAGAUUAGUUGGCGAGUCCAGGGAGGCAAAACAUUUGGGUACUUGAGAAAGGGGGAGGCGCUUAGACCUAAAAAGUUUGGCAGAAAAGCAUCUGAGUUGUAUUGAUCACGUGACUCUAUCGUUGUGGUCGUUGUAAAAGGGUACACGGGUGUAAGAUAGAUAUUAGCCUGCAAAAUUAAGUUAUCUUGCUUGCAGAAUCUACAUUUCUAUGCUUGAUUCAGUUUCUUGCUUACUUGUAUAGAAGCAAACGUUUGGACUGUGUUAAAUCCGUUGAAAAUGUGUACUUAUUAGUAAUUUGAAUUCGAUAUAUAAAUAGCAACCAAUAGGAUCACGUGUUUUAGAAAACCGGAAAAAGCGCGAACUGCAUCUCCACCGAGUGUACGAGGACCUGUUGUGUUGUUAUUAUUUUAGUUAUGAUUUUAAUUAAAUUUGUGCACACUGUGUUCUACAUUUAGGAUUAUAUUGUUUACAAUGAGCGAGUCCGCUUUUCCAAGUCCACGGCCAACGCCGAGAUUUUAUCCUGAACCCCAGACUUUUUCAACUAAAAAGCUUUCUUUUCAGUUGAAACCUGCUGGUACGCCCAGAGACCAUCUUCCUCCACGGCCACCUGUCAAAAGUUGCCCGCCAUUAAGUCGAGUGUUUCCACGCCGAAACCUAGCUUCACUUCAUGCUCAACCAGUGUCAUUCAAGAACACAGAUAAAAAUCUUCUUAGUCCACGAUACAAUGAAAACUCAAAUGAUCUGUAUUUUGAGCAAAUGUUUGAAGAUGUUUCACCCAUUGGCUAUGGAUCGUUUGGAGAGGUUUUCAAGUGUAAAAGUAAAGAAGAUGGGAUAUACUAUGCUGUGAAAAAAUCCAGAGAGCCAUUCAAAGGUCAAAGUGACAGGAAGCGUAAAAUGGAAGAAGUAGCCAAGCACGAGACAUUACUUCCUCAUCCUAAUUGUAUUAGGUUCUAUAAAGCCUGGGAAGAAAGAGGACAUCUGUAUAUCCAGACAGAACUAUGUAAAACAAGUGUGAGUGAAUUUUGUGGGCAGAACCAACACAUCAGUGAAGCUUUGAUCUGGAACUAUAUGGUUGAUUUGUUAAUGGCAUUGAAACAUCUGCAUGAUCACAACCUUGUUCACAUGGACAUCAAACCAGAAAAUGCUUUCAUAUCAUCUGAUGGCAUUUGUAAACUUGGUGAUUUUGGUCUUGUCAUAGAUCUGACGAAGAAAACUGAAGUAUCUGAUGCCAGUGAGGGAGACCCAAAGUAUCUGGCGCCUGAGCUCCUGGAGGGAAAAUUCGGCAAACACGCGGACAUAUUCUCUCUAGGCAUGUUUAUCUUGGAGAUGUUGACAGAUCUGGAUUUACCCAAAGGUGGAGAUGGAUGGCAUAAUCUGCGCGGUGGAAAUCUUCCAGAAGACUUUCUAACUGAGAGGAGCAAUGCAAUCAAGUCAGUUAUCAAACAGAUGCUAGACCCAGACUAUGAACAGAGACCCACUGUUGAUCAAAUUUUAGCCAUCCCUCAGGUCAGAAAUGUGUACAAGGCAAGGAGGAAACGCUAUGUGUUACAAACUUCACCUUUAAAGUUUUUAACUGGAGCCUUUCAGACCAAUCAGCUAUCUUCAACACCAGACAACUCUAACUCUUGCUUGAUGAAUGGAUUCAAGAAAGACUUAGACUCAACUUUCUCAGAUGAUGACAUAAUGGAUGAUCACGGAUCACGUAACAACUCAGAUUUGCUCAAUUCAUCAGACGAGUUCCUAAUGCCAAAUAACCCUCCACCAAGACGUGCAUACACAACACCAUCUAUUCGUAGACGACCAGCUUCUUCAAUUUUAAAUGGAUCGCCCAUUAAAAGACUUUUGUUCACUGAGUGUCCUCCCAGUACACCAUCAACUGGCCACCCUUCCCCUCUCAGCAGCGAGGCACGCAGCUCCCCUGAUGGGGAUGACCGUUCAGGCACUCCCCCGCCGAUAUCUUCCAUUGCCAAAAUGGACUGGGACGAGCCCAAGCCUGGAAUUGAGCCUAAGAACCUCCUGGCCAUGUUUCAGGAUGCCAGUGACGACGAUGAAGAUAACUGAUGAGAUAGCAAAUGUUGGUCCAGCUUUUUGUGUUGUGCAUACAGCUCUCAAAUUGGGAGGAUUUCUUCAUUGACUGUGUCUUUCAUGAGGAUGUACAAAAUUGAUCAUUCAAAAUAUUUAUAACACUUCAAAAGGUAACUUACUUAAGGGGCCACAGUUCAUAAUUUUUCAAAACUUUUUACACUUUUGUAUCAUGUUACCUGUUUUUGGUCAGUAUUUUUUUGUUUUGUCAUUUUGAAUGUUUCAAUAGGCUCAACUAUUUGGGGAAUUUUUUUUUUUUUUUUUUUUUAUUACCUUAAAAAAAUGAACAAGUUGACUAUAUAGUUUUUUGUUUAAAUCCCCCAUCUGAAGGAUAUAUUUAGAAAAUACUUUUGUUUCAUAUUAUACCGUUUUGUAUAAGAUGGUAGGUUUUAGUUGUUCCUAUUUCUAGUUUCUUUCUCUGUACAAAUGCUGUAAUUCAUGUAGAUUAUUUGAGCCUGAUGUAUAUAUUUUGUAAUAAUGUUCCUAAAAAAAUGCAACUGAAGCAAAAAAAAAAAAGUGCCUUUUUAAACCAACAAAAUUCAUUACAUGAAAUUCUUUGUAUAUUAUGUAUGUGACAGAACAAAUUUUAUAAUGUACAUUUUGUUAUUCGCCUUUUCACUUGUAUUAUAUGAUAGAAGUACUUAAAGCUAAAUGUUCUUACAAAUAUAGAAGUACUUAUAGCUAAAUGUUCUUACAGAAUGUUCAAGAUUAUUUGAUGUGAGCUUGGAACUAAUGGCUUGAGAGUGUUUGUAUGAAAGAUUUGUUGUUGGCUUUAAGCCUUGCACCAAAGAAAAGUUCUAGGCUGUUCAACGUACAGCUAUUGAUGCUUGGCUUUUUCUUUGGUUUUCUUGAUUGUUGUCAGCAUUUGAUUUAUUUGUAUUAACCUUUAAUUUUGCUCCAUUUUUAAAGUCUUUUGUUACAAUGUCUUAUUGCUUCAACAAAUCUAUGCUAUAUUCUUCGUCUUUUAAACAGAUUUAUUAUAAAGUUGAUGGCAAGGUGGCACCCCUGUAGGUUUUUUUUUGGUGUGCCUGAUCAGAUCCAGAAAAUUGCAUUUAAUGACUAAACCACUAAGAUGUUCCACAUGUACAGCAGCUUGAUAGCAUUCGAUUCGUAUUUUGUGUUGCGUAAGCUUUGAUAUUGUUUCCCCCCCACCAGACUGUGUUCAGAUGCAUGUGAACAAAUAAUUUAGCUAUUGCUUUUAUUUCUGUCUUUUGUGUGUCCAGAGAUUUAGUUACAUACAGGUGCUGAUGCAAACUUGAGGAAUACAUUUUUUUAUAUAUAUAUAUAUUAUUUUUAUGGAUUUUAGUUUAUUAUGUUUUGUUGUGAAGCCUUGGGUUUGAGUUUAGGCACAUCCGGCACGAUUUAGGCCAUGUUGUGCCCGUAAUCCUUGUGAAGCCUUGGUGUUUUCUUCACAGUGCCCUCUAGUUUUCCAAUACGUGUGGCUAUGUAGUUAAGUGUUUAAGUGUCAUAAAUCCAUACCCUGAUUAUGCCCAGUCAGCUUGAAUGGGUAACUCAUCUCUGAGAGAUAACAUUUAGAGCAGGUUGUUGUGCUGGUCACAUGACCACCUUACUGGCCUUCACCUCAGAAAAGUGGAUCACUAAGCUUGAAUAAAAAGAUUUUUUUUUCUUUUUCUGUUUUUUUUUUUUUUUUUUAACUAUUUUCAACAAAUUUACUUAUGUGUUUAUGGAGAAACUGAGUUUAUGGGUCAAGUUGUUUUAAUUUGAAAGGUUUAUGUAAUGGAUAUUUGUUUUGUUUUAUUUCUGUGUUGUCCAACCUCAAGUUUUCUUUGACAUAGGGAUCAUUAUGAGUAUGUUUUGUUAUGAUACUGUGUUGAAAUAGAUGUCAUUUAAACUUGCUGGUUUGUUAUGAUACUGUGUUGAAAUAGAUGUCAUUUAAACUUGCCCAACUCAACACCACAUUAUAUGUUCUACUCUUAGUUUUUUGGUCAUUUUGACCUGGGUUUGUGUAAACUCCACUUGUUCAAAUUUUAUGGUCAUUGAAACACCACGUUUUCAACUUUUUGUACAUUUGAUAUAUAAACAUUAAAAAUAAUGCAUUUUCUUUCUAAAGUAUUUGUUCCAUGCCAAUGCCCCUAUACUGUAGUGAAUGCUUAGCUUCUGAACUGAUGGUCCUAAGUUUGCAUCCUGGGUAUUUACUUGGUUUUGUGUUGGUUGUUCCUGAUUCCCCACCCAGUUGAAAAUGGUUCUUGAUGUGUUGAGGAACGUGAAGGCUGUUGUGGUCAUAGUGAACUGUACUUCACCUGGCCUAAGAUGUUUUGAUAAUAACCCAGUGUGAGCUUUGUUGAAUGGACUCAUUGUUGACACAUCUGUGAUGGUUAGUUCAGUGGUGUUCAGCCAUUGGUAGAAUGUACUUGAUAUGGGGGACAGAAUCUACUGAAUGGUUGGGGAGCACUGGGUUAGCAUGUCUCUGAAAUCAAAUCUUCAAACCUUGCUUUCAUAUCAAAAUAUUCCCUAAUCUAAUCAAAAAAAACUUUUAAUGCUAUUUGCACCAUCUGUAUAUCUGUACCUAAAUGUUAUUAUGUAAUUUUAAUAUAAAAUGGCAAAGAAUAUAAAAAGUGCCUUAAAUCCAUUUUAGUUACAAACAUUUUCACUUUGUAUUGGAAUUCUUUGUAGAACUUUGUGUCACUGUUAUAGAAAGUUCAUUUUUGAUCUGCAUUGUUCACUCUUAUUCUAUAUUUUAAAUAUGUUUCUUACAGCAGAUCAUGUGUAGGUUAAUUUGUCUGAAUUUUUAAAUUGGUUAUCUGAUGUAAAGUUUUGAUAAUUAAAGUUAAGGAUUGAAAUUUA